AUGAUACGUCACAUAUCCGCCCACGUUGUGAUUCUCUGUCAGUUGCUGUUUAUCGAGGCUUAUCCCCGUCGUGCCACAUUCGAGCUUCCUGAUGGCGAGGAAGUUUGUUUCUACGCGGAUGUACGUCCACAGAAAUAUGUGUUCAUGUAUCAAGUGAUUUAUGGUGGACAACUGGAUGUCGAUUUCGUACUGAAGGAGGAGCCGAAUCGCGUGAUUUCUUCUGUCGAACGAACUUCUCAUGAUGAGGUCCCGUUCACCGCAGAACGGAAUACCACCUAUUCUUUCUGUUUCAACAAUCAGUUCUCUAUUUCGGCGCACAAACUAAUCUAUUUCGAGCUUCAUCCGGAAAGUUUCGAAUCUCUGGCAGAGGAAGCGGGCGAAGCACCACACGCCACGGUACUCAGCUCCGUUGAGACCAGUGCCGAAUUGGUUCAUCUGUAUCUUUCCAGGGCGGAAUCGAUGCAGAUUGAAUUUAAAAACCGUGAACUCGGUGAUCGCCUCGUUGCCGAGGAUCUGAAUACGGCU